UCAUAAGGGUCUUAGCUGUUUUGAGUCCUGAAGAGAAGCCUAAAAGAGAGAUAAGGGAACUUAGCUUGCCAAGCUCCAAGGAAACUAUCUAUUCUCCUUCUCUCUCUCUCUCUCUCGAAAAUUUUUUGAGAUUAGAAAGAACAGAGAAAGCAGAGUAUCAGUAGCGCUGUCAGGAAAAAAAAUGGUUGCACCUCUGUCAACUUGGCCUUGGGAGAACUUGGGACUUUUCAAGUAUCUGCUUUACGGCCCUUUAGCUGCAAAGGUUUUGUAUUCAUGGAUCUAUGAGGAUACCCUUAAGGAUCUCUGGUGUCUUCAUAUUCUUCUAAUCUGUGCUUUGAGAGGAUUAAUUCAUCAGCUAUGGAGCUCCUACGGUAGCAUGCUUUUCCUAACUCGCAAUCGCCGGAUUAAGCAGCAAGGAGUUGAUUUCAAACAGAUUGACAGAGAGUGGGACUGGGACAACUUUAUAAUUCUUCAGGCUUUGUUAGCUUCCAUGGCCUGCUUGAUCUUCCCAUCCUUGGAUGGCCUUCCUCUCUGGAACUCAAAAGGAUUUAUUGCCUUAUUUUUACUGCAUGUGACAAUUUCGGAGCCCGUAUAUUAUUGGGCGCAUAGGGUUUUCCAUGAAAGCUACCUUUUCACCCAUUAUCAUUCACUUCACCACUCAUCUCCUGUACCCCAUCCCUUUACAGCUGGACAUGCAACAUUUCUAGAGCACCUUGUAUUAUGUGUAGUCAUCGGAAUUCCCAUGACGGGGUCUGUUCUGAUGGGGUAUGGAUCCACAAGCAUGAUUUACAGCUAUGUUUUGGCUUUUGAUUUUCUCAGAUGCCUGGGGCAUUCCAAUGUUGAAGUUGUUCCCCAUGAAAUUUUCAACAAGUUGCCUUUCCUUAGAUAUUUGAUUCACACCCCCACGUACCAUAGCCUGCACCACACAGAGAUGGGGACCAACUUCUGUCUCUUCAUGCCGUUGUUUGACGCAAUGGGGAAGACACUUAAGAGCAACUCGUGGCAAAUACACGAGAAAAUUAGUUCGGAUUCAGCGAAAUAUGGGAGGGUACCAGACUUUGUGUUCUUAGCGCAUGUCGUGGACAUAACCUCGGCGAUGCAUGUACCAUUCGUAUUCAGAUCAUUUUCAUCAAUACCAUUCUCCACAAGGAUCUUUCUACUGCCUCUUUGGCCUAUAACUUUUAUGGUUAUGCUAAUCAUGUGGGCGUGGUCUAAAACCUUCCUCAUCACUUUCUACAAUCUUAGAGGCCGUUUGCACCAGACAUGGGCCGUUCCUAGAUUCGGCUUUCAGUAUUUCUUACCGUUUGCAACGGACGGCAUCAACAAGCACAUAGAGGAGGCCAUUCUAAGGGCUGAUAGGAUGGGAGUCAAGGUCAUUAGUCUUGCUGCAUUAAAUAAGAAUGAAGCGCUCAAUGGAGGAGGGACACUCUUUGUUGACAAGCAUCCAGACCUUAAAGUCAGAGUUGUCCAUGGCAAUACCUUGACUGCUGCAGUUAUUCUGAACGAAAUUCCUGAGGAUGUGAAAGAAGUGUUUCUAACAGGAGCUACUUCCAAGCUUGGUAGAGCAAUUGCCCUCUACCUUUGUCGAAGGAGAGUACGCGUUCUGAUGUUGACUUUAUCAACCGAAAGAUUUCAAAAAAUACAAAAGGAAGCCCCAGCGGAUUGCCAGAACUACCUGGUCCAGGUGACCAAAUACCAAGCUGCUCAAAAUUGUAAGACAUGGAUUGUGGGCAAGUGGAUAACACCAAGGGAGCAAAGCUGGGCUCCAUCCGGAGCACAUUUUCAUCAAUUUGUGGUCCCACCCAUUUUGGCCUUUAGAAGGGACUGCACAUACGGCGAUCUCGCAGCCAUGAGGUUGCCUGAUGAUGUUGAAGGGCUUGGGAGUUGUGAGUACACCAUGGAGAGAGGAGUUGUGCACGCAUGUCAUGCAGGUGGGGUGGUUCAUCAGCUAGAAGGCUGGACUCACCACGAAGUUGGGGCGAUUGAUGUCGAUAGAAUCGAUCUAGUCUGGGAAGCUGCUCUCAAGCAUGGUCUAAGGCCAGUAUCAAGUACCGUAAACAAGCAAGAUAAUUCAUUAUAAUACCAUGAAAAGGAAAACGGGAAAUUGAAAACUGAAAGUUGAUUGUAACGACAGGUUUUUUUGGUUUUUUCUUUUUGUUCUUUUGUGAUAAGGUGUUUGGUCAAAAGAAAUAUGGUUCAGUUACAACUGAUCGUCACAUGAAGUGUCAUGCAAUAUGUACUUGAUACAUUGAUUUAUACCUUGAUUAAGCAAGGUAUAACUAUAUGUUUUAUUUUUAAUUCUUGUCUUACUUUUACAUGGAAUUUUGUUGUUCCAAGAUAAAACUAGAAAUAUAGUAAUGCCAAUUUCAGAAACAA